UUUGAUUCAACACAAACUUCUGAAAUGAGUGGUGGAACAGGUUGUGAAUUAAACAGGAUGCUUAACCUAUAAAUAUCAAUACCAAUUUUUCUUUAACUUGUGCACAGAUUCCUGGAAGAGGAUGGCACGCACAGAUGAGGACUUGAUUGGAAUCCCCUUCCCAAACCACAGUAAUGAUGUCCUAUGCAGUCUGAACGAGCAGCGGCGGGACGGCCUGUUAUGUGACGUCAUUUUAGUUGUCCGAGAUCAAGAGUACCGCACCCAUCGCUCAGUCCUCGCUGCUUGCAGCCAGUACUUUAAAAAACUGUUCACAGUGGCCACCGGUUCCAGUCGGGACACCAACCCUCACGCCAUCUACGAGCUGGAUUUUGUGGCACCAGAAUCCCUGACGGCCAUAUUAGAGUUCGCCUACACGUCAACGCUAACAGUGACGGCAUCCAACGUCAAGGAGAUCCUGAGCGCAGCCAGACUCCUGGAAAUCCCUUGCAUUAUUAACGUAUGUCUGGAAAUCAUGGACACGGGUGGAGGCGGAGGAGGAGGAGGGCAGGUGGAGGGUGAGGAAUUUGAGGGAGAUGAUGAGGACGAUGAAGAUGAAGAAGAAGAGGAAGAAAUGGAGGAAGAGGUCGACUCGAAAGAUGGAGAGUUCGAGGACAAUAACAGCGAGAAGUCCGCGCAAGGAGAUGGGCCGGAUGUUCAAGAGGGAAAAGUUUGGGAGGUGAGGGAAGCGGAAAGUCCGUCUUGCAGCUCCCAAAAAGGUCGGGAUGAGUCCCAAAGAUCCCAAGUGGGGUCUCCAGAAGCCCCGCAAUCUGAUAAACCCAGAGCACCUGAGGGUUUGGAGGGCAGAGCGUUGAAGGACUUCUCCAUUGAGUCUUUACUUCAAGAAGGGCUGUACCCGAAAGUUCCCGGCCUGGAAAGAGGUGCAGGAUUCUCGCCUCUUCUCCCAGGAUUCUACCCUCCAAUGUGGGCAGCAGAAUUCCCAGGCUACCCUCAGAUUCUGGAGCCCCGACGGCCAUUCCCAAAUGCUUCAUUGGAAAACGGCCCUUUAGACCUUGCGGUCAAAAAAGAAGUCAUCAAAGAGGAGUUAAAAGACGAACCUACGAACCCGAUCCUUAACAGAGACUUCCUCAAAGACUUCAUGAGUCCUGGAUUGGGGAUGACUGCAGAUCCCUCGCUUGGUGCAAUCAAAGAGGGAACAGAUCUACGGUCCUACCUGAACUUUCUUUCCGCUUCUCAUCUCGGGACGCUGUUUCCUCCGUGGCAGCUGGAAGAGGAGAGGAAGAUGAAGCCCAAGGCGUCGCAGCAGUGUCCAAUCUGCAACAAGGUGAUUCAAGGUGCAGGAAAGCUGCCACGUCACAUGCGAACACACACCGGAGAGAAGCCCUACAUGUGCACCAUCUGCGAGGUCCGCUUCACCAGACAAGACAAGCUGAAGAUCCACAUGCGCAAGCACACAGGCGAGCGGCCGUACAUCUGCCUGCACUGCAACUCCAAAUUCGUUCACAACUAUGACCUGAAGAACCACCUGCGCAUCCACACAGGCGUGCGGCCGUACCAAUGUGAGCACUGCUACAAGAGCUUCACGCGAUCCGACCACCUGCACCGGCACAUCAAGAGGCAAAGCUGCCGUGUCUCGCGCCCACGCCGCGGCCGAAAACCGUCUGCCUGGCGCUCCAGCAACUUUCUCUUCCCUCCCGAUCCCAGCGCUCUCCAGCCGGACCGGACCCUGCGCUUCCCUGCCGCUCAGAUGGUGGAGAAACAGCAGCCAAAGACGCUGGAGGAGGGCGAUAUCGAAGACAGAAAGAUCAUCUCAGAGGACGCGAGCCGGAAACGUGGCGUUUUUGCUUUCGUGGCCACUGAGGACGUUCUGCCUCAUCCGGCCUUUUAUUCGCCGACCUCUGACCCCUGGGCUGUGAGGCUGGAACGAGCUCCGCCUAUUCCUGAGGCCGCAAACUGACUUCGUUAAGUGAUUAGUUCACCCUAAAAAAUUGAAUAUUCUGUCAUUAAUUAAUCCCUUGUGAUGUUCCAUACACCUAAUGGGCUGUUCAGAACGCAGAUUUGCACUUAAAGAAAUGCAAAAUACUAUUUAAAAGUCCAUAUGAACUGGAAGCUGCCACUAUUUUUUACAUAUUAUUACGCAGUACAUAGAGAAACAGAAUAUUAAAUGAGAAAAUAAUGGGCAGGGAUUGUUUUUUUUCUACUGCAAGCUGAUUGGAUGUUGUAAAGUAGGCGUUUCAUUCUGAAAGAUGGGGAAAAGUGAUUGGGGAGAGUUAUUACAACCGAACAGACAUCUCCUCCACACCAUUUCUGUUUGUUGUCUGAUAGUUGGAGGGGCGUGGUUAAGUAGCCACGCACAAUAGCUGAGAAUUUACCUGAGAACAAACAGGAAGUGCAUUUUCAGAUUUCAAUUACAAGGAAAAACAAUGUUUUUGUUUUUUUCUUAAUGACAUGCACAGAUGAAUUGAUCACCACAAAACUGGCAAUGCGAGCGAACAAAAUCAAUAUGGUUAGUUUUGAUUUCAUUGGCACUUUAAAGAGUAUCCUCCGCCAUUGUUGCCAUAGAAUAAAACAGUUGUCAUGCAUUGUAAGAAAUGUAAUAACAAAAAAAGUCAAGACAACAAAUAUUUAAACUCAUUUUUAUAAGUUGUUCAGGUUUCAACAAUUUUUAAAACUUAAUAUUUUAAGUCAGUUUGAUUGAUGCGAGUUGAAAUAACUAGAAAAGUUAGACUGAUUGAACUACAAAAUUUAAAGCGGUAAGAAUUUUUACAGUGUGCCAACUUGCUACGGUAAACAGAAGCUUGCAACCCCGCAUCAGAGUUAUUCUGAUUAGUCCACUGCUUUGGAACUGAACUUCCUUUAUAGUUAGUACCAGAGUUUGUUUGCAUUUUUGGUGUGGUUUACUUGGGCAGGUGUGAAAGUGCCAAUCAUAAUCAAGUGCGCAUUAAACCGGACCAAUGAAAAUCUGCUCAAAGAAGGUUUCUGUACUAUUCCAAACAAACUCUGGAGCUUUUUGUUUUGGGUGAGAAUGUGAACCGACGCAAAUGCAAAAAGUAUUUUGGCUUUUUGGACUAAAACACCUGCCGUAGUAAGCUAUGACUAACUUUUUGACACCUUAUCACAAAUAUAGCAGAUCACGGAUAAAGAUGGAGUUGUAAAGAGGGCCAUACUGCCUCCUACUGACAUAUCCUCAGCUCUUUGCUUACUUAUCUCACACAUUAAUUGACCAAUCAAAUUGCAUAUCAGGAAAUGUGUCUAGCCAACAAGUGAUGUUGUCACGUGACUACUUUUUGGUUUGUUUUAACUGGUUAGGUUCAGAGCAGUCACAAGUUUGUUGCGGCAAUCGUACACAGCAAAACAAGACCAAUGAAAAUUUCUCAAAGUAGUAGUCUCAGUACUAUUACAAACAAACUCUCAAAUGGUUUGUUUGGGGUGAGAACGUAAACUAACACAAAUGCAAAAAGUAUGUUGCCUUUUUGGACUAAAACAGCUGCUGUAGUAAGCUGCACUUAAGACAUGCACUUUUUGACACCUUACUGCAAUUAUAGCAGGUUACGGACACAGAUGGAGUUGUGAAGAGGGCCAUACUGCCUGCUAACUUUUUCUCCGCUCUUUGUUUCCUUAUCCCACACAUUCAAUAUGACCAAUCAAACUGCAGUUCAGGAAAUUCGUCCAGCCAACGACUUAAAAAAUACAUUGUUACCCGGCUACUUUUGGUUUGUUUCAACUGGUUAAGUUCAGAGCAGUCAGGAGUUUCGUUGCAUUUUUUGAUGGGGGUUGAUUGGACAGGUGUGAAAGCGGCAAUCAUACAUGGAUGUGCGGCAAAAGUGGACCAAUAAAAAUCUGCUCAUAGAAGCUCAAUGUUUACUUAUCCCACGCAUUAAUUUUGACCAAUCAAAAUGCGGUUCAGGAAAUUCGUCUAGAUAACGGCUGUCCUUCGCUCUUUGUUUACUUAUCCAAUGCAUUAAUUUUGACCAAACAAAUUGCAGAUGAGGAAAUUUGUCUAGCCAACGACUGAUGUAAAUGUUAUCACGUGACUCCUAUUUGGUUUGUUUCAACCGGUUUAGUUCAGAGCAGUCAGUCUCUUCUAAAUUAACCAAAAUGGUACAAUGUUUCAUUGUAACCUUGGUCCGGACCAAAAGAAACGUACUACAGCUGUUUACAAUGUUUAUUUUACUAGCUGAGCAUUUGCUUUUGCGUUUUGAUUGGCUCCUUCUCUUACUAUUAGUAUCUUUGAGAGAAUUAUGUGCAAAAAGAAAGCCUACUUAAUUUUCCGUUUCAGUGGGGUAUUUGCACAGCCAGUGUUUUUCACCUAAUGAUAAACUUUCGGUGAAAGGUUUAUGUGACUAUUUUCAAUUUCAUAAGGUUCCUUUCCUUUUACAGCAUCAAUCUUGUAAUGUAAUUAAAACACAUUCAGUUAAACAGACUUAAGCAUUUAUUUAGUUGUUCAAGUGCAAAACAAGAUAAAUGACCGUUUAACCGCUAGCGUCAGACGAGCAAAGAAAUUCCAUUGAAAAUACUGCGGUAAAAUAAACAGUCAUAUUAUAAAAGACAUGGCGGGGUAAAAAGAAAUUGAAUGCAGUGCUUCUUGUCCAGUUUGAGACCCACUUCAUAUCGUAUACAGUAUCAAUCAGGCAGUGAAGAACGCUCCUUUUUAAAGACUGGCUGGCUAAAAUGAAAAGACCCCAUUGGAAGUACAUCAACAUGCUGAAAUAAAAGUCUCAGCAACUUCCCAUAGGUUUUCACCACUGGAGGCUAUCAAUGUAGAAGCAGAAACCUUAGAUUUUAAUUUGAAAACAUUUAGUGUGUGUAUUCUGGGUAUAAAUAAAAGUUAUGUGUAUGGAACAGCAAGAGGACAAGUAAUUAAUGACAGAAUAUUAAUUUCUGUUUGAACCAACCGAGCUCUGAUUGGCUCAGACUGAAACAGCUGCUCGCUUCAGAGGCCACAAGUCUUUACGAACCGGGUUCAGACUCUGUAACAUGAAAAAAGAAUUUUCUUCAUUUAUUUCUUAAGUCUGCUUCCGAACGGAACGACAGGGAUUUUAAAUGCUUUUUAAAUGAUUUGUUCAUAUCUUGGAUGUGCAUUUGUUAAAGCUGUUUUUUGAUGUUUCGUUUGCUAACACGGAUGAUGUGCUUAUAGACUGUGGAGUAUGUGAAAACUGAAUGCAAAAAAACAUAAAUAAAAACUGACAAUCAGGUAUGCAGAAAGAAAAAACAUGUCCUGCUGAUAUAAGCUAGAAGCUUUGAUGUUUGCAUUUAAGCUUUUAUAAUUAAAGAGUUGUCAGUGAAGCUAAAUUACGCUGUGCAUCCACUAUGCAAACUUACAAGAGUGGUUACAUGCUUAGAAUUACCACAGGAACACAAAGACAAAUAAUCCUCUCAGGAUUUAAAAACAAACUUUUUUUACAGCCAAAAACGAAUCAAGCGAUAUACAUAAUACAAAUCAACAGUCAAUCAUGCAACUAAACAAAAGCUAAAUCAUGCAAGUAAUUUUAUCUCGUAAUUACUUUCGGGAUUGAAGCGGUUUAUAUUGUGCUUCUCAAAAAGAAAUUGAUUCAAUCAAAUGCUUUUUAAAUGAAUAAUGUGUAGCCGGCUUUCUCCAGUGAAACUGCUCAUUAUCGUAAUGCAAGUAUUUCUAUACUGAACAUUGUAAAACAUCCAAAGACACAUUGUUUGAGAACAAACUUGAAAUGUUUUAAAUCUCUUUGCAAAGCAGUUUUUUUCAUAUAUGAAGCAUCGUGUACAGGAAACUAAAACUGGGGGAAAGGUCCACAACCUUUAGCAGGAAACAAAACAAUAUUUUCAUGCAUAUUUAAAUGAGCCUCUGCUAUAUUUUAUUAAGAUGCUUUUAUAAAGACACUAAGACAUCUGUGUUCCGGUUUCUCAAAGCAAAUGUGUGUCAUCAAUUCAAAACAAUACUGUAAUGAGAAAGCAUAGCGCAGAUAAAAUCUCACAUAUUUCCCCCUUCAGGACUCGUCAAACAGAAAAUACAGUCUGACAAACCAAGAGCCACUGUACAAGAACCCUAGGUGAGACCUGAAAUGCAACUUUACAGUGAAAUAAAACAGUUCAAGGUGUUUAUGUUUUUAUUUUGGUGUGCAAAAUGCAAUGGCCAUGUACAAUGAAGGUGCUUAAAGAUGCGUGUAUGUAUAUCUAUUUGAAGCCCUUCUGUGGCUGCUGGUGGGAACUUGCACUAUUUGUUUGAUGAUGUUUUAUUAUUGGUUACGAUAUAUUGCCAUUUCUUAAAGAUCUAAAAACAAAAAUGAAAAAAGAAGAAGUCACAGGACAUGUCUGAGAUAUGCACUUUACUGCUCUUUAUCGCAAGAACGAUUUCAGUGAGAGUCAUUUUUAUAAAUGUGUGUGGUAUUUGUAUAUUAGAAUAAUCCCUGGUAAACUGAAUCAAUUUAAGAACUGGAAUACAAUAAAAAAAAGCUUUUUUUAAGAACA